ACCCUUGCCUAAAGGAUGGACAGUGAAGUGAUUCCCAAUGAUGAAUGUAAUGUCGAUAAUGCAACUUCACCAACUGUGGAUCCUAAGUUGCCGAAUGGUGAAGGUAUGCAGACAGAAAGCAUUGAUGCGUCAAAAGUCCAAGAAAACGAUGGUUGCUCGUUUAUAGAAGAGGAGAGAAAUGCGGUAAUUGCUGCUGCUGUUGCCGACUUUGAUGCAGAUGACCAGUGCGAAGAGAAUGAUGGUGAUGACGAUACAGUCAAUGUCAUUAUAAAGCCUUCCAGUAAAACAGGGAUUUACAAAACCGGCGCAGCUUACCAAGCGCGAUCAGUCGCUCACACAACCCAACAUCAGAAAGUCGCUCGUCAAGGUGUAGAAUUGGAUGAUCCAGGAAAUAUUAAUGGAAUCCCAACUGUCGAGUACAAUCUUUCCACAUUAGGAGAUGAAGAAAAACCAUGGAAGCGACCCGGAGCCGAUAUAACAGACUACUUUAAUUAUGGAUUUACUGAAGAAACGUGGAUCCAGUAUUGCGAGAAACAGAAGAUCUUGAGACAGGAAUAUGCAAACACAACACUGAAGCCUGUUUUAAGUAGUGGGGGUGCCAAUUUGUUACAGCGGAUUCGUUCUGGCACAGUUUCUUCCAAUACCCGUUCAUUUGAUGGUUCUAAACAAGCUAGUAUCAAUGUAAUAAAUCUGAGUGGUCCUGGAUUAAACAUGCGAUAUUUAAAUUCUAUUUCCAGCUCUAAAUCCGGAAAUUCGCCAUCUGAUGUCUCAAAUCGUCUCUUAAAUGGAACCGCAAAUAAUUCUUCAAACUUACUCAGUCAAUUCAACCAACCACCACCUGGCUAUUUAGGUGGAACUCAACAAACGAAUGGAAAUACAACUGGUACUGGUGUUUUUAACAUACCUCCUCCAGGUUUUGGAACAUUAACACCUGGAAACAAUUCACAAGUCCUAAAUGCUACAAAUCCCGCUGCUGCUGCAGCCGCUGCUUUAUUUCCUAACCUUGCAGUUCCUCCUCCUGUUGUGAACAAUCUAACCGGAUGGCCUACUGGAAAUAUGGCACUAUCUAGUCUGAUCGCAUCUGGUGAUGCUAUUAUUGAUCCUACUACUGGUCAAAUUAGUGGUAUCAUUGAUCAUGGAGAUCGUAGCCCAGGUUCAAUGUACUCUAAUGAGGAUCCUAUGUCUCGACGCGGACGGCGUCAUUACCAUCCAGACGAAAUUAGUUAUUACGAAAGUGUCGGUUGCUAUGUCAAGCCCACACAGCUUAUUCUAGCCUCCGAACAGGCUAAUUUAUUCAUUCUUCUUGAGUCACAUUUUGACCAUGAUAAUUCGCUUAUCAACCUUGACUGUUUUUAUAGAAGGCUAUCGAUCACGUCGUCGUAGUCGUUCAAGUAGCAGGGAACGUUAUCAUUCUCGGCACCGUCGCCAUCGUGAUUCAUCAAGAUCUGGAAGAGAAUAUGAACACCGUAGAGGAACAUCACAUCAUUCUCGCCGUUCACGCGAAGACCGUUACUCUGGAGGGGUUGUUGGUACAGAGGAACACGCGUCUACCGAAGCUCCUUCACCAAAUCCAUCUGGCGUUGGAUCACAUCGAGGUAGUGGGCGACGAAGUGAUCGCGAUCGACCUGGUCGAGACCGAAGCCGUGAAAGAGAUCGUAGUAGGCAUAGAAGUGAACGUCGGGAUCAUGAACGGUCAGUUCGCCCUUCUAGACAGAGCGACCGUCGUUCAUCACGUCGCAAAGAGCAACCUUCCCCACCAAGACCCCCUGUUACUUCAGAUAAACAACCAACUACCAAACCUGAUCCUCUUUCGGCUGCCGCAGCAGCAGCUGCCAACAUUGCCGCUGCCUUGGGAGCUACAAACUCCAGCGGCAAAGCUUCUUGACAAGCCAUUUAUUUCUUUGGACAGAUAUUGCUGCACUGUACAGUUUUUUUAUUUUAAAUGAAUAUGUUUUUCAAACGU